AAGCGCGCCCCUCCCCCAGCAAAAGAAAUGGUCGCUCAGCUUCUGCACUGCACCCCCUGACCACAAGGCACGAGGUGCGGCCUCGCCGCUCGUCCUCAGAGCAGACGGCAGCGCAACUGUCCCCCCUGAUUCAUGCACAGGGAGAUCCACGCCCCGCAGCGGCCCCCCAAGCCUCACUGCAACACCCGGUAAUGCAAUCCACGGAGGCGGGGGAGGCGGCAGCAGCGGCGGCAGCAGCGGCGGCGGCGAAAGCAGCGGCAGCACUGCCCCGAUCUAGAGACUACCAGAAAGGAGGAAAAUGGCUCCGAGCAGGGACCGCCUGCUGCACUUUGGGUUCAAGGCGACAAUGUUCUCAAAUAGCGAUGAAGCUGUAAUCAAUAAAAAACUUCCCAAAGAACUCCUAUUAAGGAUAUUUUCUUUUCUGGAUGUUGUUACCUUAUGUCGCUGUGCUCAGGUCUCCAGGGCCUGGAAUGUUCUGGCUUUGGAUGGCAGUAACUGGCAGCGAAUUGACCUGUUUGAUUUCCAGAGAGAUAUUGAGGGCCGGGUAGUGGAGAAUAUUUCAAAAAGGUGUGGGGGCUUUUUACGAAAGUUAAGUCUUCGUGGGUGUCUUGGAGUAGGAGACAAUGCUUUAAGAACCUUUGCACAAAACUGUAGGAACAUUGAAGUACUGAAUCUCAACGGGUGUACAAAGACUACAGAUGCUACAUGUACUAGCCUUAGCAAGUUCUGUUCCAAACUCAGGCACCUUGACUUGGCUUCCUGUACAUCAAUAACAAACAUGUCUCUAAAAGCUCUGAGUGAGGGAUGUCCACUGUUGGAGCAAUUAAACAUUUCCUGGUGUGACCAAGUAACCAAGGAUGGUAUCCAAGCUCUAGUGAGAGGCUGUGGAGGUCUUAAAGCCUUAUUCUUAAAAGGCUGCACACAGCUAGAAGAUGAAGCUCUCAAGUACAUAGGUGCACACUGUCCUGAACUGGUGACUUUGAACUUGCAGACUUGCUUACAAAUCACAGAUGAAGGUCUCAUUACUAUAUGCAGGGGGUGCCAUAAGUUACAGUCCCUCUGUGCCUCUGGCUGCUCCAACAUCACAGAUGCCAUCCUGAACGCUUUAGGUCAGAACUGCCCUCGGCUUAGAAUAUUAGAAGUGGCAAGAUGUUCUCAAUUAACCGAUGUAGGCUUUACCACUCUGGCCAGGAACUGCCAUGAGCUUGAAAAGAUGGACCUGGAAGAGUGUGUUCAGAUAACAGAUAGCACAUUAAUCCAACUUUCUAUACACUGUCCUCGACUUCAAGUAUUGAGUCUGUCUCACUGUGAGCUGAUCACAGAUGAUGGAAUUCGUCACCUGGGGAAUGGGGCCUGCGCCCAUGACCAGCUGGAAGUGAUUGAACUGGACAACUGUCCCCUAAUCACAGAUGCAUCCCUGGAGCACUUGAAGAGCUGUCACAGCCUCGAGCGGAUAGAACUCUAUGACUGCCAGCAAAUCACGCGGGCUGGAAUCAAGAGACUCAGGACCCAUUUACCCAAUAUUAAAGUCCACGCCUACUUCGCACCUGUCACUCCACCCCCAUCAGUAGGGGGCAGCAGACAGCGCUUCUGCAGAUGCUGCAUCAUCCUAUGACAAUGGAGGUGGUCAACCUUGGUGAACUGAGUAUUUAAUGACACUUCUAGAGUUACCGUGGAUCUCCAUUGGAAGCAAUCCCAGUGUUCCGGGCAAAGGUUACAAAGUGAGGGCGGUGUCCCAGAUCCCCAGAGCCACACAUAAAUACGCAUACCCACUCUCACCCUGACCCAGUCUGUCUCUCUGACCAGGGGACUGAGUUCGAGCUGGCUUUAUCAUGUGGAUUGGUAAAACUUAACCAUUCCUGUUGGAUGUGCCCAGAAGAAAAUCAUAAGCAAGGUAGAUGGAAGGGGGCACUCCAGCAAACCCAGUGUUACUACUACUGUGGUUUCUUUAUUUUGUUAAGGGGUUUCUUUGGCGAUUUUGGAACAGCAACUGCAGUCCUCCAGGGUCAAGGAAAGCAUAGAAAAACAAUACAUUUUGUAUCAGGGACCAGAGGGAAAAUUUCUUUGCAUCCUAUAAAUGGUAGCCAUCCACUGUGAGAUGACUAAAGAGUUUCUGUGCUUCCUUGUUCCCAUGCCAACAUGCUGAGCAUGCUCACAAAGAAGGCUUGUCCAUUCCUCCUCCUGUGUUUUAGUAUUUGGCCCAGAGGUUUGCUAAAUGGUUGCAUUGAAAUCACUGUGGUCCAGAUGUGAUGACUUCUUCACUCAGAUUGUCACUGUCUGUAGCACACUGUGUACCUGUCUUUCAUUCUCUGUUGCUCCCUCCUGCACUCUUGCUCAAUCUGUCAUCUGUAAUAGUCUGCUUACUCACACUCAAUUGUUACUCCUUUGCUGUUGUUGUGUUUACAGUUGCAUUUUGGAUGAUUAGUUGGGGUUACCAAACAUUUUUAAAAGAGACAUUAUCAAUAAAUAUUUUUUUAAUUCUAAAUUUUACCAUUAGGGGACCCUGCCUGAAUCUUUGCCAGUCAAGAAAAAUUAUGAGAGGAAAUUGAGCUAAGACUAUUUUGAUGAAAACAAACUUUUGCCUUUUGGUUUUUGUUAUAUCUUGUGGUAAAUGGUAAUAUGCAUGAUACACCCAGUAUUUCCCCCUGCACAUUUUUCCUUCCAUGUAACUUAAUAAGGAGAGAGAAAUGCAUUAUUAGGAAAGAGUGGAAUGGCAAAUCCCAAAACUGAAACUGAAAGCCACCUCCACCAAAGCUCAAAUAUUGUGUGUUGACCGAAAAAAUCUAGGUGUGAUCAGUGACAUCUCUGAUUUGUGCCUGUGAGAUUUGUUCUACUUUAGCAGGAAUGCUGCUCGAGGAGUUAUGCAAUUGAGCUGGGCUGUUUCUCUUUUUUUCCUCCCAUUUCAGCUUAUCAGGGAUGCAAGAAUGACCCUAUCACAGCUGGUCAACUGUACAUCAGUGUUUGGUAUCAUAUCUAAUGUUGGAGCCUCAAAGGACUAGAACCUUUUCAGAACCCAUCAGCCAUCUCUCUUGAGCUCCAGACUUUCCAUGAGUGAAAUAUCAGAGAAGCCAGGUAAAGGCAUUGGGGUGGCAGAAAGAGAACAUUGAGAGGAAGUAGGGGGUUCAGUGUCUUGGGCAGCCUGGUCACCAGAGCUUAGAGCAGAGUAUUCAGUGCCCAUGAAUCAGAGUCAAAGAAGUUCCCCCCACCAAAAAAAAAAAAAUCAUAGAGGAUAAGGGAAAUAAAAUGAGUUUCUGAAGUGUAAGAAGUAGAUUUCUAAACAUCAAGGUUAGAAACCUUGUGUGAUUUUUUAAUAGGGUGACUUUUGGUUUUUUAGGACAUUAAUGUGCAGCCCACCACAGUCUUAGGUCAUCUUCUACAUGAUUCAGGCUGUUAAAAGGCUUGUUUUAAUGCUGCAGGUGUUAGUAAUAUGGACAUAUGUAAGAAUAAAAUGUGAUUUACUUUUCCAUAAGCAAUUAGUUGAAAAGGUCCUAGGAAUCUACUAUCCACCAUUAGUUAGCAUGUUAAAUUUAUUUUAAAUCUUAUUUUAUUAUUACACCCUUUUAAAAGCUCAAAUUAUAUGUAAUUUUCAUUUCCUUUCCCUUAUCCCCUUUUCAGGUUACCACAUAAGGAAUAUACUUUUUUUCAAAGUGAGACCCACUCUCCUGGCUAUAUCCCACAUAUAUACAUAUACACAUUUGCACACACACUUCUAGAUGUGGUUGAAAAUAUUCAGAUCCCCAGGUAACUGGGGCAACAGCUCUAACAUACAAAGUUUAAAAAAAAAAUAGUGCCUGAAUAAACCUUUGAUUUAUUAGUGAGUGUGGAUUUUAAUUUCCCAACAGUUGAAGUUCUUGAGGUACUUCUUUAUUUAAAAAAGGAACAAACCUAUUCACUAGUACAUGAAUGUCUUGAAAAUGCUGUUUCUAUUCUCAAAGAGUGCACCCACAUGCAAGUCUCUGCGGACUUGUGCAGGUGAGAACAGUCAAGUGAGAAUAAAGGUCUUGGAGUAAGCAGCUCUGGUAUGUAUUAGGUCAGGCAGGAGCCUUGUUCCUUUCUCAAGAAAACUUAA